AUAGUCACUGGCGCAUCGACCGGGUUCGGUCGUGAGCUUACUGAGCAGCUGCUCGGCAAGGGCGACAAAGUCAUCGCCACGCUGCGCAAGCCAGAGGUCCUCGCCGAUCUCACGCAGCAAUACCCGAGCUCUCAGCUUCUCGUCCUCCCGCUCGACGUCACCCGCCCCGAGCAGAUCGCGGAUGCGUUCAAGCGGGCUGGCGAGGCAUUCGGGCGCAUCGAUGUUGUGUUCAACAACGCAGGCAUGGCCGCCGUGGGCGAAGUCGAAAACACGUCCGACGAGGUUGCGAGACGGGUGAUGGAGACGAACUUCUGGGGCGCUAAGAACGUUUCUGUCGAAGCUGUGAGGUUCUUCCGCGACGUUAAUAAGCCGGCGGGAGGAAGGCUACUGCAGCACUCGUCGACGUCUGGAAUGUAUGGGACGGCCCUGGUAGGGUUUUAUGCGGCUUCCGCUGCUGUUCUGACCUGUCAACCUAAAGCUCUCGAGGGUAUGUCCGAGGCUCUUGCAGACGAACUCAACCCCGAAUGGAACAUCAAGGUUACCAUCAUUGGCACCGGCCCCGCCAACACCAUCGUCUUCAACUCGGCCCCGCACGCAUCAGUGCAUCCGGCAUACGAAAACAACUCGUCUCCGAUGAUGCAGUACAUGCGGCAGUGGCACGCCAGUCCGCAGCUCGAUGGCGAUCCGAAGAAGAUCUGCGCGAUCAUCGACCGGAUCGCGCACCUCGAGGACCCGCCGAUGCGUGUGCCGCUGCUCCAGGGCGCGAUCAGCGAGGCGAGGCGGAAGCUGAAGCGGGUAGAGGAGGAGGUCGCGAGGUUUGAGAGCUGGUCGGAGAGCUUG